CGGUGGAAAGAGGUCGAAAAGGGGGAUGAAAGGGGGGAAAAGCCGGGGAUUUUGUCACGCGCGGGCGCGGCGGAGACAUCGAGCGGACCUCGCUUCACUCCGCUCGCCUGCUGUUCGUUUUCUGUUAUAUAAGGAUCACGCUCUGCGAAUGUGCAAUCUUGGACGCCAUCUUAAACGAGCGGUGCGAAUUUGUGCCGGAAUUCGAAUGCGCUGCGUCCGCAGAAACUCGCCGAAUCGGCGCGGCGUUGCGCGAAACGUAACGCGGAGGCGGAGUUUGUAUAAUUUCUUUUCUUUUCAACAAGGGGGUUUAAUUCAAUUAGCCACUUGAUUUGCUGUAAUCGCGGAAGGAUGGACAGUGCGUCGAUCUGUGUUUUUUCCGCUUGUCACAAACGAUAAAUAAUCCCCCCUCUCUCUCUCUCUCUUUCUCCCGUGAAUUUUAAUCAGUUUUCUUUUCGCGUCUUACUUUAUGCUGGAAACGAUUUGAACGACGCGUCGUUCAAAUCGUUUCCACGUCGUGACUAAUUAAAUCGACGCACACUCUGCGACAAUCGUCGCAGAAAAACAUAGGCCGUAAUAAAACUAUUCUGGUAAACAGAUUAGAUUAUAAACCGAUAACAGCGGUUUUUUAUUGCAUGUGACGUGGAAGACCGUCAUAGAAAUCAUAAAGUUUUCUUAAAACCAGAAGAUAAAUCGAAUUCAAGUAUUUCUCACGUGUGCACGUCGUAUCUCGUGAAGAAAUGCAGCAAUGAAUAUCUGCAUUACGAAGGACAGAGUCAGCCCUAUAAGUUGUUUUCGUUGAACAUCUAAAUUUUGGCGAUAAAAAAAAACAGUGGCUUCUUUCAGCCGGGUAACAUUUCCCGGAUCUUGAAUAGUGGAAAGUUUCCACAAUUUCUCAGCUCGGAUACGGAAGACGCGUAUUAUUACGGUAUCACGUUAUCAGCUAUCAGAUGGCUGAUAUAUCGUGCGAAGUGGGUCUCUCGGCGGAGUAGCAGCUGCACCGUGUCGCUCGCGCGUGCGCGGUUUUCACGGAAAAUGGUGAUUUUGCGGUGGACGAUGACGUCGCCGAAGAGAGUCAAGGCAUGCAAGAUGGAGAGCGCUGGAAGAAGCUGGACGGCGAGACCAAUUCUAGGCACGGAUUUCACGGAAGCCUGUCCGCUGCAAGAGGUCUACGUGGGCGUCUUGAAGCAACGGAAGGACACGUCCACCGCGAUCAAAAGCAUAUCUGCCGCUCUCCCUGGAUUCGCUCACCUGAAGCGCUGUUCCAACGGGAAAUUACUUCUGGCCCCGCUUCGCUCGGACGAAUCGUCGGGUGAGAAAGGCCACGACAUUUCUCUCGGUGAAAAUCAACUGAAGGCUCGGCUGAAGGAGAGAGGAUUCGAUCUCUCGUUAUUGGAGGAGAAAUUCGAGGUGACAAAGGUGCCGGCCAAAGCGCCAAAGACAAAGUUACAGGCCAGUGAAGCUUCGAAGGUCUGGCCGGUAAACUUCCAUCCUGACCAGACGAUUGAGAGCCUGAUCGACGGCUCGAUUUUCGACGAGGAUUGUUUGAACGCGAUCGAACGAAUCAUGUCGCUGGUAAUGGAAGCUGCGAGGUUGGAGACAGUCGGCGACGAGCGCUGCACCGGUGCCGCGGCGAUUGUCGAUCCCGAGGACGGAAGAAUCCUGGCGGUGGCUGCCGCGAGAAUCGAUAGACACCCCAUGUGGCACGCCGCUAUGCUGGCGGUGGAUCUCGUUGCCAGACUUCACGGUGGCGGUGCGUGGAAAUUGAGCGACGAGGAAUGCAAAGGAACGAAGGGACAAGCGGAAGCUAUCGACGAGGAAGACGACGGAGGGCCAGAUUCGAGCGCCGCGACUGAAGAUCAGAGCCUGAAGAGGCUUCGACGGAUCAAGAGAAGAUACGAGGAAGACGCACCGCUCUGCUAUCCGAGAUCUCUAGCCUCGCUGCAGUUGCCGGCACAAACGUCCCUCGAGACGCAAGUCGUGCGGAAAGGACGAAGGAACAACGGUGCCAAGAUGGAGAGCUCGCAGCAGAAGGAAUGCGAAGAUAACACGAGGAAAUGCGGACCGUAUCUCUGCACCGGUUAUUGGGCAUUUCUGCUGAUGGAACCGUGUCCUCUGUGCGCUAUGGCGUUGCUGCAUUCCAGAGUCGCGCGGAUUUUCUACGGCACCGCCAACCGGAGUGCCGGGGUUUUGGGCUCCCGGGCGAUUUUGCAUACGGUGCCAGGUUUAAACCAUCGAUACCGGGUCUGGAGCGGAAUCCUGGAACGGGAGUGCCGACAGGCGCUGGAGGAAAUCAAUGCUCGUAGAAGCCGCGGCUAAACGAGGCGGUUCUAUUGUGGCAGAUAAUAACGUUCUAAGUGGCUACUGGCAAUUAGUCAUCGCGGUCUCGGGAACUGAAGAUAUUGAUGCGAAACCAGACAAAACAGAAAGACAAACAGUAGCGAGGCGUAUAUUUUGUCGUUGACGUCCCCUGCUCGUUUUCACUGAUGACUUCUCGUGCGAAUUGCGUUAUCUACGCGCACGGGUGACAUUAUAAUGACAUUUUUGUGAUACGUUAUCUCACUUGCAUAACACGUUGUGCACAUUCGUGUCAUAAAGAAGUAAAUCCCUUCCAACAGAAGGAACCGCAAUUGUGAUAUCCAUUGAUAUGUCACGUCCGACUCGAUACCCUCGCAGCACUUUUUUCUCGCGAUAUUGUUCCGAAGGGACAAUCGGAGUAACUUCUUGGUAGGAAAUUGUUUGGACAAAUAAAUGAUUUCCUAUAUCUAUCAACGGAUUAUUUCUUGAACCAUCGGUCAGCACAGCAACAACUUAGAUACCUGCAUGCUAUAACCGGUUUUAUAAUUUCAAUCGAAAGCAACACGGCGCAAAAGACUACACAUGGUACGGACGUGCAUUCGGCCAUAAUGAGUCUCGGUAUAUGCGUGACCUUGACGCGUGCAUGUGCGUCCGCAUCUGCUGUCUCUUCUUGGUGUGCACGGCGGAUUAACACUUGUGUUUGCCGACACACACGGCGUGACGUUCGAUCAUUCCCCGAAGAUUGUAAAAAUCAUUUCUGUAUAUUCUUUCGUCUUUCGUUUUCGAUAACGCAGUGUAGCCUCCGGUGCAAAGCAGGAUCUUGAGAUGUUCGAGUCAUAGUCAAAAUAUUUAUUUUACAUUUCUUACAGCCUACUUCAACGGAGAGAACUCGAUUUUUUAUUAACUAGACUACUAGCUGCUCUUCGACCAAUUUCUCAGUCAUUACUGUAUUGCCAAAUGGUCCGCCUACAUUUUGCUUCUUCAUUGCAUUAUUAACCUUUUCCGCGGGUUUAUCUGCCCAUAGUAGACGAAGACAGGCCCGAACGUCGCGCCUCAAUGUUCGAUAGCACAAUUCAUUUUGCGCGCAUAAUCGUAAAUCAUCGGUAUGAUUUAUACGCGCUUAACUCCAUGCUUCGUGUCGUGACGACAUAUCGUUUAAUUCAGAAGCAAAUAAUCAUGUUUCUCCGCGACAAUAAUAUACAAUCUUAUUUGCCGGUUAUUUUUCUCUCGCACGGAUUUCCCAGGCACGUUCGUCGCAGUUAUCUCGCAACGAGAGGUGCUGAUAAUGAGCAGAGUUCGACGGCGAAUUUGUCAAAACGCUUGUAGCGUAGAUAACCAAGUUGUAAGACACCUGGUAUAAUGCUAUAACAUAAAAGGUAUGUAAUGUUAUCGGUGCGCCGAUAAAAUUCUGCGGAUUUUACGAAUGUUGUCGUUCGAUUUAAUUACGCACAGUUCGAUCGAUAAUACGGUUUGAUGACACUUGAGAGCACACGACGCAGUCUGUGGAAGAUGAUAAUUAAUUAAUUAAGAGCCAUUUGUUUGACAUUAUUGCGUCAGUGACUAACACGCACCUUAUAAAUGGAUAUUACGCAUUUUCGAAUUAUAUGUCAAGUAGAAAUAGUUUGACUAGAAACAUACAUUAUGCUAAUUAUAUUUUUCUUAUUUGCGUAAAUGAGA